UAAUCGGAUAUUGUUUGAGUCGUGAUCUUCACAUGUCCUGACAUGGCGUCGGAGGGGUGAAUCUACUUGAGUUUCAAGAAAGAAAGAAUUGGAUAACAACCCGGCAAAACGGGAUAUGCUGAGGGUUUAACUUGUUCUCGUGUCUUGUACUCCUAACUCAGUUAUUACUCGAUUGGGACGAGAGAAAAAAAAUUCCCGGGCUCCGUCACCAACACGCCGAGUGCGCAUCCUCGCCCAGCAUGUUCAUUCUUACCACUGUCUCCGAUCUCAUCCAGAUCUCCCCCGAGGAUUUCUCGAAGUACAGCGCUGUAGCCCUCGAAGAUAAUAUCAACGAGAAGUAUGCCAAUAAGGUGAUCCAAAAAGUCGGCCUGUGCAUUGGGUUCUAUGACCUGCUCGAGUCCUCGGACGGUCUUAUCGGCCAUGGAACCGGUCUAGUUAAUGUGAACGUCAAAUUCCGACUCAUCGUCUUCCGUCCAUUCAAGGGAGAGAUCAUGCUCGGAAAGAUCUCGAGUGCUACUGAACAUGGCAUCAAAAUCGGCGUAGAAUUCUUCAACGAUAUCCUCGUCCCUCCCGAUCUUCUCCUCGACGGAGCCAGAUUCGACUACGCAGACCAAGUCUGGAUCUGGGAGAACGAAGACGGCUCGACCUUCUACUUCGAUGUCGGCGAGGUCGUCCGUUUCCGCGUGGAGAUGGAGGAGUGGCAUGAUCAGAUCCCCAACGCCCCUGAUCUAGGCGAUGGCGCCGCCGUGAUCGAACGGAAACCGCCAUACUCCAUCAUUGGUUCGAUGCAAAUGGCCGGCUUGGGUCCGAUCUCUUGGUGGUGAUCGAAUGGAUUCUUUCUUUCUUUCCUUCUUUCUUUCUUUCUAUUGUAGAUUUACCAUCUCCUGGUUGUGUUGAUUCUUGGCGUAUAUGUUUGUUUGGCUACAGUGAUCGAUUUGGGGAAAACUUGGUAACGUGAGUUCUCGAAGUGAUGUGGGCAUAUGUAAUCUUAGGAGGGGGAGGGGGUUGGAUUACCCUUUCUGGCUAGGUGUCUCAAAAGUUGCUUUCAGGUAGAAACAUAAGAGCUUAUGUUAGAAUCCGCG